AUGAGCCGCCCACAGAAACAGCGACGAGUUUCCCUGCGACACUCGCAAACGGCGAAGGAGAAACCGUGUUUCAGCCAUGACCUCGACAGUCUGCCGCCGGAAGUACUCGAGAUUGUCCUGCAUUUCCUUCCUUACCGUGACAUCGCCGGUUGUGUACGACUGGUCUCCAAGCGCUGCUCCUCGGUGGCAACGACGCUCCUCAACAGUGGCUUCCUCUCCGCGGGCUCGCGACUGCGCUCGGCUUUGCAUCACUUGGAAUCAGUGAGCGUAACCGCGGAGGCUCAACAAGAGGCGGCGACGCGGGCCAAGGCACGGGACUACCUGGAGCUAGUGAAGGCCCAGUACGAUCUCUUGCGUGCCUGCGUCUGGCGCUACACGCAUCCACCGCGGCACCAGAAGUUUGCUCGGCUCUGCUUCUACGGUGGCCAGAUCCUGGACGAGCUCGACGACCUCCUGAAGCUAGCCCGAACAAGGCCCGAGUUGCUGCUCAAUAAGGACGGACCGGCUCACUGCAUCACCGGCUUCGGGAUCAUGUGCAAGCGUUUCAUGAAUUACUUUGAGAAGGUUUCCGAGCGCAAGAUCAACAGCAGGAACUCGUGUGUGUCUGGCUGCAAACCGGUAGACGUACUAGACUGCCUUCUGGAUGGUCGCGAGGUACUCCACUUCCGGAUGACAAGGGGCCGCCGCGGACGCGGCAACAUGGUCAGCAUGAGGCUGCGCUACGUGAUGGAGCGCUCGUGGUUCACGUGCUUCAACGUCCCGGGUACUGACUGCGAGGAGGACUCCUGGCGCGACCGACAGAGAUUCAUGUACCUGAGACUCCGGAGACUCGUGGGCAGCGUCAACGAGCACCGACUCGAGCGGCUCCACUACGAGCGCGAGCUCAAGAUGCAGAUGUCGAGCCAGCAUCCGGCACCAAAACCUCCACCCUGCUCUACUUAUUCCGGCUACGGUGAGUACGGUGGGCGAUUUUUUUAUUACGGCAACAUGAACGAAUACGCAUACGAUAGCAAAGUUAUAGAUACAUGGAGAAGAUACUCGGUACACGACAGAAUACGUAAAAAGAUACCGCGAAAGAAGCCCUGCUACGACCUUGUAAUUAAUGUCGAAUUGAGAUGCUCUCCGGAACUUGCUCCACUAGCUGUUAGAUCGUUGUUGAAGUGCGACGACUUCGAGAACACGACAUCCGCAAAUAACCAUCGCCCGGAGAUAUAUCUAAGACUGAAUAUUAGCUGUGCAGCUUCCACCUGUAAUAAACUGCCCAAUCAUUUCGUUUGGAAGCUUCGAUCUCCCCGAUAUCAUAAAUCGGAUUAACAGUCUGCCAAGCUUACUAGAUUCUAUUUAUUUAUUUUUAACCAUGUUUGUACAUCAAAGAUUUAUUUUUUUAUUUUGUAAUUCUACCAAACUAACGAUAUUUGGUAUA